AUGCAUGAUCGAUCCCACGAUAACCAAGUCCUGAAGAACUCUUAUUAUUCAUCAGACAUACAAUACGCUUUACAGAUGACUCAAUGGACUCUGAAACCCAUCGGAAUAUGGCCUGUGAUCUACCACCGCGUCACCAGACGAGAGCAACUGAUGUCCGUCGUUCUGAUGAUCUUCGGGUUCUCUGCGUUGUGCUUCGUCCUGAUUCCAUCGGGUCAUUACAUAUUCUUCACCGGGCGCAUCAGCACGAAAAUCAGUCUCUUCGGCCCCGUCGGCUUCUGUCUGUCCACCACGGUCAAGUACGUCUACCUCGGUCUGAGGGCGUCCAUCUUCGGACGCUGCAUCGAACACGUAGAACGAGAUUGGAAAGCGGUGACGGACCAACGUCACCGUUCCAUCAUGCUCGAGUGCACAGCGUUCAGCAGAAAACUGAUCACAAUGUGCGCCGCGUUCUUGUACACCGGCGGCUUGUCGCAUCACACCUUGUUCCCGUUCUUGUCCAAAGACAAACAGCAGGACAACCUCACCAUCAGACCGCUGAUCUACCCAGGAUACGACGUGUACGUUGACUCUCAGGCCAGCCCCGCAUACGAAAUCAUCUUCUGCCUUCAUCUGGUCACCGCUCUGGUUAUUUACACGAUCAGCACCGGCGCGUACAGUCUGCUCGUCAUUUUUAUUAUGCAUAUCUCUGGACAAAUACAGAUACAGAUCACGAGGUUGCAGAACUUGAAGAAGGCGCAGAUGGAAAAGGGGCAUCGGAAUCCUUUGGCGAUCAUCGUUUAUAAUCAUGUGGAGAUUUUGAGAUUUUCGGAGAAUGUGCAGGCUGCGCUUGAAGAGAUAUGCUUUACGGAAGUUGUGGAGUGCACGAUAAAUAUGUGUAUGCUGCAGUACUAUUGUCUUAUGUCAUGGAGAAGUUCAGAUGGUGUCAAGAUAAUUACUUAUUUUACUCUGUUAUGUUCCUUCACUUCCAAUAUAUUCAUAUUCUGCUACAUCGGAGAAAUUUUAACUGAACAGUGCAGCCAAAUCGGUAAAGCUUCCUAUGAAAUCGAUUGGUACAAUUUACCAGCGAAGAAUGCUCACGAUCUCAUUCUGUUGAAUCUCAUAUCGCAAAAUCCUCCUAAGCUGUUAGCCGGGAGAAUAAUCGAGUUGACGUUGAACACCUUCAGCGCUGUAGUUAAAACGUCAGUCGCUUAUAUGAACUUGCUGCGAACUGUUACUGACUGA